GGUGCAGAGCAGGAGAGUGAGGACAAUACCCUCGUGAAUUCAGUAGUAGUCGAAGAUGACAACGUAAACGAACAGACAACUUUAAAUGAGCAUGACAUGGCAGAUCUUGACCUCGAUAUUGGCCAGCCUGAUGGUAAUAUACAUGAUGUCAUCAAAGCAGCUGAAGUGGCCCAAAAAAGAAAAAUUAGUAACCAAAUCCCACACCUCAUUGACAAUAAGCGAAAGCACCUAGAGAAGGCUCUCUCAGCUGCACAGCGAGAUAAGCUGUUACUAAACGAGGCAAAAGAGGAUUCUACAUUUCGCAAAAAUUUGGCAGAAGCAACACGGCAGUCGACAGAAUCUUUUGCAAUUGCAUUAAAGGAUGUGAGCACUUCCAUCAUGAAUGUUGGAAAUGGAAUUUCUCGAUCUAUGGAAAUGAUGUCACAAGCUAUUAUGGCUCAGGUAAUGUCCAAUUCUCAGCCUCAGGGGCCAUUUAAUCAAAAUCUCUUUUACCAACAUGGUGAAAUGUCACACCCACCCCCAAUAUUUCAAACCCACAAUGGUAUGUACCCUCAUAACCCACCAUGUCCAAGUAAUAGCAACAUUGAACCAAACAACGAAUAA